GAGCCGCACGGCAGUACGUAGUGCAUCGAGCGCAUAAUGCUGCCAUCUGGCGAUGAGGCGGGCGUGCCUCCUUCCUCCGGUGCCUCCUUCCGUAGAAAAGCGGACGGCCGGCACACGGUACUCGACACUCGGCACUCGGCGCUCGGAGCAAGGCCGAGCCGCAUGGGUGUACCUCGAGCUGCAGCCACGGAGCUGAUCACCGGCGAAGAGGUCCCCGCCCCCACGUGAUCCGUCCUCUCUCAGGGGGAGCUCGAGGUCGGGAAAACGGGAGGUGGUCGGCCGCACUCCGGGGCCGCGAUGUCCAUGAAGAAGGAAUCGCCCUGGGAUGUGGAACUGCAUUUGGCAGCGGCGAAAGGCGAUGCGAAGCGGCUUCAAGUCCUAUUGGACUCGGGUCGCGUACACGUCGACUGUAAAGAUCAGGAUGGAACAACACCACUGAUUUUGGCAGCAGCUGGAGGUCACAAUGAUGCCGUUUCAGAAUUAUUACAGCAAGGUGCUGAUGUUAAUGCCAAGAGACUGACAAGUACCACGGCAUUAUUUUUCUCGGCACAAGGAGGCUACUUCGACAUCACUAUUACUUUAAUUGAACACGGUGCUACUGUUGAUUCCUGCAGCAUUGAUGGUGGCACUCCACUUUUCGUUGCAUGUCAAUAUGGGCAUCUUGACGUGGUUGAGGGAUUGAUCAACAAAGGAGCUAAUGUAAACGCGCAUAUGAAGGACGGGGCGACGGCGCUAUUCAUAGCCGCGCAAAAUGGACACGUGCGCAUCCUGGAGGUGCUGUUAGGACACGGAGCGAAAGCAGAGGCUGCCAGGACGGAUGGUGCGACGCCUCUAUGGAUCGCAGCGCAAAUGGGUCACGAUCACGUAGUCAGAAGGCUCCUCAAAGCCGGUGCGAAAGUCGAUUCUAAAAGACACGAUGGCGCAACACCUCUAUUCAAAGCCGCUCACAAAGGCCACACAGCAGUUAUCGGUGAAAUACUUAAGUAUCGUCCAAAUCUUGGAAUUCUUUCUAAUGGAGAAAGUGCUCUUCACGCAGCAGCCUUAAUGGGUCAUAUGACGAUUGCACGUCAACUUGUCGGUGCAGGCGCUGAUCCUUUAUUGGCCAAUCAGGAAGGACUCACACCGCUCCAAAUAGCUAUUAGACACUCACAGAAUCAAGUUGCCAAUUAUCUUAAGGAAAAAAUCAGGUUAAGGACAGUAAUCUGUUAAAACGAAAUUUUUAGAGUUCAUGGCAAAAUAAAUAAAUUCUUUUAACCC